AUGUCCUUCCUCGUUUUGCAGGAAUUGAUUGUCUGCGUCGUCUUCGUCGCUGUCGUUGUUAAGGGCUUUCCCAGAACGUACAAGGAAGACACGACGUUGGAUAACGAUGAUGAGUCGCCGACUGUCGCUGACGAUAUAGAACGGAACGGACAUGGCGAAGAUCAUAGUCAUGCGUACUCGUAUCAUCAUUUUUCCGGACCGGUGUUCGGUCAUCACGAGGAGAUAUCGUGGAAAGAUAAGCACGGUCAUCAUCAUCACGACUACAAAGCCCAUCCCAAAUACAAGUACGCAUAUGGCGUGGACGAUCAUCACACCAAGGACCAUCACGGACAGAAAGAGCACCGUGACGGUAAACACGUUGAGGGCGAGUAUCACGUUCAUGAACCUGGCGGCAAUGUGAGAAGUGUAAAAUAUCAUGCCGAUCCGCACGGUGGAUUUUAUGCUGAGGUUCAUAAUUAUGGCGGAAACGAUCAUUCGGGUGGCUCGCAUGGUCGAUAA